AGCAGGAAGAAGAUGAGCCUGAAGUCUGAACGCCGAGGAAUUCAUGUGGACCAGUCGGAGCUUCUGUGCAAGAAAGGAUGUGGUUACUACGGCAACUCUGCUUGGCAGGGCUUCUGCUCCAAGUGCUGGCGGGAGGAGUACCACAGAGCCCGGCAAAAGCAGAUUCAGGAGGACUGGGAACUGGCAGAGCGACUCCAGCGGGAAGAGGAGGAGGCCUUUGCCAGCAGUCAGAGCAGCCAGGGGGCCCAGUCCCUCACCUUCUCCAAGUUUGAAGAAAAGAAGACCAAUGAGAAGACCCGCAAGGUUACCACAGUGAAGAAGUUCUUCAGUGCUUCCUCCAGGGUCGGGUCAAAGAAGGAAAUUCAAGAAGUUAAAGCUCCCAGCCCCUCUAUAAACCGGCAAACUAGCAUCGAGACGGAUAGAGUAUCCAAGGAGUUCAUAGAAUUCCUUAAGACCUACCAAAAGACGGGCCAAGAGAUCUAUAAGCAGACCAAGAUGUUUUUGGAAUCAAUGCAUUACAAAAGGGAAUUAAGCAUUGAAGAACAGUCAGAAUUUACUCAGGAUUUUUAUCAAAAUGUGGCUGAGAAAAUGCAGACUCGUGGAAAAGUGCCUCCAGAGAGAGUGGAGAAGAUCAUGGAUCAGAUUGAGAAGUACAUCAUGACCCGUCUGUAUAAACACGUGUUCUGUCCAGAAACUACAGAUGACGAGAAGAAAGACCUUGCCAUUCAGAAGAGGAUCAGAGCUCUUCACUGGGUCACACCACAGAUGCUGUGUGUCCCUGUUAACGAAGAGAUCCCGGAAGUGUCCGACAUGGUGGUGAAAGCAAUCACAGACAUCAUCGAGAUGGACUCGAAGCGUGUGCCUCGGGACAAGCUGGCCUGCAUCACCAAGUGCAGCAAGCACAUCUUCAACGCCAUCAAGACCACCAAGAACGAGCCGGCCUCGGCAGAUGACUUCCUGCCCACGCUCAUCUACAUCGUCCUGAAGGGCAACCCACCUCGCCUGCAGUCCAACAUCCAGUACAUCACCCGCUUCUGCAACCCCAGCCGGCUGAUGACCGGGGAGGACGGCUACUACUUCACCAACCUGUGCUGCGCCGUGGCCUUCAUUGAGAAACUGGAUGCUCAGUCUUUGAAUCUCAGCCAGGAGGACUUCGAUCGCUAUAUGAGCGGCCAGACCUCGCCCCGGAAGCAGGAGCCCGAGGCCUGGGCUCCGGACGCCUGUGUGGGGGUCAAGCAGAUGUACAAGAACUUGGACCUUCUGUCUCAGCUGAAUGAGCGACAGGAGAGGCUCAUGUGUGAGGCCAAGAAACUGGAGAAGGACCUCAUAGACUGGACGGACGGCAUCACCAAGGAGGUUCAAGACAUUGUGGAGAAAUAUCCCCUAGAAAUUAAGCCCCCAAACCAGCCUCUAGCAGCUAUUGACUCGGAAAACGUGGAGAAUGACAAGCUCCCUCCACCCUUGCAGCCUCAGGUGUACGCGGGAUGA